AUGAUAUACAUAAUCUAUCUAUCUAUCUAUCUAUGUAUCUAUCUAUCUAUCUAUCUAUCUAUCUUUCUCAGUAUAUUUUCGAUCUAUCUAUCUAUCUCAGUAUAUUUUCGAUCUAUCUAUCUAUCUAUCUCAAUAUAUUUUCUAUCUCAGUAUAUUUUCUAUCUAUCUAUCUAUCUAUCUAUCUAUCUAUCUAUCUAUCUAUCUAUCUCAGUAUAUUUUCGAUCUAUCUAUCUAUCUAUCUAUCUCAAUAUAUUUUCUAUCUCAGUAUAUUUUCUAUCUAUCUAUCUAUCUAUCUAUCUAUCUAUCUAUCUAUCUAUCUAUCUCAGUAUAUUUUCAAUCUAUCUAUCUCAAUAUAUUUUCUGUCUAUCUAUCUAUCUAUCUAUCUAUCUCAAUAUAUUUUCUAUCUCAGUAUAUUUUCUAUCUAUCUAUCUAUCUAUCUCAGUAUAUUUUCGAUCUAUCUAUCUAUCUAUCUAUCUAUCUAUCUAUCUAUCUAUCCCAAUAUAUUUUCUAUCUCAGUAUAUUUUCUAUCUAUCUAUCUAUCUAUCUAUCUAUCUAUCUAUCUAUCUAUCUCAGUAUAUUUUCAAUCUAUCUAUCUCAAUAUAUUUUCUGUCUAUCUAUCUAUCUAUCUCAUAUAUUUUCUAUCUCAGUAUAUUUUCUAUCUAUCUAUCUAUCUAUUUAUCUAUCUCAGCCUUCUGUUCAUAUCUAUCUAUUUAUCUACCUCAUUUUGUUCAUAUCUAUCUAUCUAUCUAUCUAUCUAUCUAUCUAUCUAUCUAUCUAUCUAUCUAUCUAUCAAUCACAGUCUGUUCAUAUCUAUCUCGGUCAUAUCUAUCUAUCUAUCUAUCUAUCAAUCACAGUCUGUUCAUAUCUAUCUCGUCUGUUCAUGUUCUGUCUAUCUCAUUGUGUUCAUAUUUAUCUAUUUAUCUAUCUAUUUCAUUUGGUUCACAUCUAUCCCAUUAUAAUCAUAUCUAUCUAUCUAUCUAUUUGGCUGAAUGUGUUCAUUAUCUAUCUAUCUAUCUAUCUAUUUGGCUGAAUGUGUUCAUUAUCUAUCUACCUAUCUAUCUAUCUAUCUAUUUGGCUGAAUGUGUUCAUUAUCUAUCUAUCGAUCUAUCUAUUUGGCUGAAUGUGUUCAUUAUCUAUCUAUCGAUCUAUCUAUUUGGCUGA